AACAGGUUUGACAGUAUAUAAUGUCACUUUUUUCCAAGUUUGUUUGCGUUCCAAUCUGUUGGUGGCUUGUUCAGUUGACUCGUAAUAGGUUACAACAUACUUCUCAGAGCCAGUCAAUACCUUUGAUAUUUAUAGAAUUGUCAAGUGAUGAGGAUUUGCAGAAGCAAAUUGCAGCUUUUAAUAUUCGUGAACCAGUGAUUAGGUUGAGUUCAACAAAAGAUUGGGAAGACUUGGCAGAUCAACUUGCAUUGGACAAGGAGUGGAAGAGAGUGGGUUUGAAACUCUUACAAGAAAGUGGAGCUUCUUGGUUAUUCAAAGGGGAACAUAAAAUAUUUUAUGGCGUUCACGAGUUUCGCCAGUCAGCAUCUCAUUCUAUCCAAUGUCCAUCACAAGGUGCAGAGCAUAGUCUUCAAGAACUAGUUUUACAAGUACAUUUGCCAAAGAUGAACUCUAUUCAUGUAAUGAAUGCAGAAAAAGUUGCUUCUAGUCUGCAAUUCAAUGCACUUGACUCGUGGUAUGCCUUUCGAGAAUUGGAAUAUCAGCAACGGUUGGCUUUUGCGGAAAGAGGUCCACGAGUAUUGCUACAAGUUCCACAAACCAUUUUUAGAUUUCCGAGAGAUGCUUUCAUUCAUCCCGAUAAGAAAUGGAUAUUGGUUUCGGAUACUUUUCAUCACCGCAUUGUAGUUUUGGAAACCAAUGGCAAGAUAUUAGGAACUAUUGGCUGUGGAGUUGCUUGGUUUCGUGAUGGUGACUUUAGUUCUUGUGCCUUUCAUCAACCUUCUGGUAUGGCAUGGAAUGGAGAUGCGAUAUACAUAGCAGAUACAGAAAAUGGAUGUUUGCGAAUGGCAGAUUGGAAAGCUGGUCAUGUUUCUACUCUAUAUCCUGAAGAAUAUCGAUUUUCUUAUGAUAAUCUUACAAAAGCAUUGGAUUUUUGUGAUAUUUGGAGGACGUCAUGGACUGCCAAAGUGACUCCAAAACUUGAAAUGAAAUGGGAUCAUCAGUUGGAUGGAGCAUUUGGUCGACCACUUGCUGUUGAAAUGGAUGGAACAAGUAUUUCUGUAUUAACUAUUGCACCUCUUGCAGUAUGGAAAUUGAGUCAUCCUAAAGAACAUCUAAAGCAAAUAUCUCUCCAAGUAUUGGAUAAGCAGUUUGGAAUGGAUGCCUGGUUAGGGUAUCUUAAACAGUUUGCAAACAGUUCAAUGAAGAUUCCUAUAGAGACAACUCAAUUGCAUCCACUUCAUAAGAUUCUGAAGCAUUGCAAUGUUUCGCAAUUGGAGAAUUUACCUCCUCCUUGGACAUUACAUAGCAUAAGAGAACAAGUUGCAGAUUAUGAUGCAUUUCAAUAUAUUUAUCCAUUUUUGAGAGGAAGAAAGAUGGCUAUGGAAGAUUCUCUUUAUUUGAUACCUGGCAUUGCUCGUCUUGUGAUUGAUGUAACUGCACCAAAAGGAUAUCGUUUUGCUGGCAAAACCUUGACACAUGUAAAUAUGCAAGGACCUAUUGUAUCUACUACACCUCCCAUAGGUAUUGACGAUAACAAGAUUCCUAUAGGUGAAAAGAGUAGAAGGAGAUUGGAAGGAUUGGAUGAGCCACAAGAUUUGUUCCUUCCAGACCCUCCUAUAGUGGAUUCUGUUUCUGGACUUCCCAUCGUUAUCGAUAUGUAUACGUUUCCUGGUAGUGGUUCUAUUACAGUUGAUUUGGUUGUGUAUUUGACAAAAGAGAAAACUUGUAACGAGAAUGAGAAUGCAAUCUUUUAUGACACAAUACAACUGAAGACUCCAGUUCGCGUUACUAGUUAUGGAUUUGAAACGGAAUAUCUGUCUUUGAAUAGCAGAGUAGAACCUCCUUUACCCAACUAUGAAAUAGUAGGCAUAGAUCGUUUAAGUUAUACACAGAACAAAGUUUCUCCAUCUCAAUAGAUUAUUAUUAUUAUGAUGAUAAUCACA